ACCUCGAGUGGCAGGAGCGGCGGCGGCGGCGGCUGGAGCUCCGGGCCCGGGCUGCACCAGGAGCGCCACUAGCAACACUAGCCAGCCCACCACCCCCUUCCUCCUCCAUCCCUCCCUCCCUCCCUCCGUCCAUCAACCCCCAGCUGCAGCGAGAGGCGCCGGUAGCAGCAACAGCAGCAGCAGCGCCAGAUACUGCUCUCGCUGCGUGUAUCUGGCCAGGCGGUUGUAUUCUGAAGGGUUUGGCCACCACUUACCUACAGCAAGGAUGGCGACCGAAGACAAGAAAUGUGAGACCGAGUGCACAAAAACACAGUCAGCGCCUUCUUCCUCCAAUCAAAAUAAGCCUUCUACAGUGAAGCCCAACUAUACUUUGAAAUUUACAUUGGCCGGACACACGAAAGCCGUCUCCUCUGUUAAAUUCAGUCCAAAUGGAGAAUGGCUGGCAAGUUCCUCUGCUGAUAAAUUAAUUAAAAUAUGGGGUGCUUAUGAUGGCAAGUUUGAGAAGACCAUAUCAGGACACAAACUGGGAAUCUCGGAUGUUGCCUGGUCCACAGAUUCAAACCUGCUUGUAUCGGCUUCAGAUGACAAAACCCUUAAAAUAUGGGACGUGAACUCGGGAAAAUGCUUGAAGACGCUGAAGGGCCACAGUAACUAUGUUUUCUGCUGUAAUUUCAACCCUCAGUCAAACCUGAUUGUUUCAGGAUCGUUUGAUGAGAGUGUACGAAUCUGGGACGUGAAGACUGGGAAGUGCCUGAAGACCCUGCCAGCCCAUUCUGACCCUGUAUCUGCUGUACAUUUUAACAGAGAUGGAUCCCUCAUUGUCUCCAGUAGUUACGAUGGCCUGUGCCGAAUUUGGGACACUGCAUCAGGGCAAUGCCUUAAAACACUGAUUGAUGAUGAUAAUCCUCCUGUGUCUUUUGUGAAAUUCUCCCCAAAUGGAAAAUACAUUUUGGCAGCAACACUUGACAACACUCUGAAACUUUGGGACUACAGUAAAGGAAAGUGUUUAAAGACUUACACAUGCCAUAAAAAUGAGAAGUACUGCAUAUUUGCCAACUUCUCUGUUACCGGUGGGAAGUGGAUCGUUUCAGGAUCUGAAGACAAUUUUGUUUAUAUCUGGAAUCUUCAGACAAAGGAGAUUGUGCAGAAGUUACAGGGGCAUACAGACGUUGUGAUCUCCACGGCCUGUCACCCAACAGAGAACAUCAUCGCGUCGGCGGCGCUGGAGAACGACAAGACGAUCAAAUUGUGGAGAAGUGACUGUUAGAGAGCAAGCAGCAUUACCACCGAGAGAACUGUGCCCUGUCCCUGCCUGCCCGCCUGCCUGCCUGCCUGGACACAGAGACAGGCCCCUGGUAGUCUUGACGUCUGAGACUGUGCAGUCCCUGCUCAAACUGGUGACCCAGCAUUACAGACCCUGCGGCAGUGUCGGAACAGAUCCCAUUUUUACUGCGGACUCGUAACACUUAUCGAGUUAUUGUAUGCUUAAACCACACCCUCGUGUGCGCAGAAACGCACUCUCACAAACUCCCCCGUCUAAAGAUUUUUUUUUUUGUGACCAAAUCACUUGUGACUUUAUCCCCCUGUCCAUUCUUGUGAAAAUUAUCUUUUAAUUAGUGGGUUUAGUUGGUAGUGGAAUGUUUUUUUUUAUAUAUAAACAUGCUGUUGGCGGUUGGCUGUGUUUUAAAGUUAGCCAGUCAACUCUCUUUUUAUUUGUCUUUAAAAUUCCUCCUCUUGUGUAUCUCGUGGUAUUCGAUUGUCUGCCAUUGCCCUUUCCUCUUGCCCUCCUCAAUUCCCUGCCUUUACCUCAAGUGCUUCUAUGGCCUUGACCCUGAACUAACAUACCACUUAUAAUGAGCACUCACUGUCUCUGGCCUUGGGACCUUGGAGGGUCCUGCUGCAGGAGUCUGUAUUGGCCAUCUCUUCUCCCAGAUCAGGUGGUAGUACCAUCCAGAAAGAUUCAAGUUGGCAAUUGUGCCCUUCCGGCUAACCUUCAAGCAGAAUGUUCCUGGUGGUACUCAAGCCAACACAGCAUUAUAGGCAGUGCUGCCAGCUAUACUGGGCAUGGUCGGUGGGGGAGCUAUUUUAGGAUUGGUGCUAUAAUGGUCUCCAUUGGGAUUCCUAACUCUCCUCGCCAGAGGGUUUUGAGAGAUACAGCUCUGGCGAGAUUGCGUGCUGGUAUCAUUCCCCACUCCCUCCCCCCUCCCCAUACAUAAUAUUGAUCAUCUGCAGUGCUGUGUGUUGCAGAAAGCUGGGAGGAGCAGAGUUAUAAGUCCCUCACUCUUCCAAUGCAUCACAAUUUCAAAGCAGUGUCGAAGAUGAUUGUUCCUUGUGACUUUGGACAUACUCCUGGUUCUCUCCCCUCACCUGCCUCCCUUAUGCUAGGUGCCAUGAAAUCGAAGUAGGCUUUACCUGGGGCAAUGAACAUUGAAGGGAUUGGAUUUGAUAGUGUUCUAAAUUUCAUUUCUGGAAUAAGGGCGGAUAAUAGUGAUUCUAUCUCCAUUGCACAGACCCAAAUUGAGAGAAAGCAUUCUUAUAAGCGAGCACUCCUGAAGGUGUACUUGAACAGGAGGCACACUGGCAUCGGAUGUUUUGCAUUGCAGGUCUGCGUAGGGUGGUGCGAGUGAUUACGCCUCGUAUUGUGGGGCUGUGUGAGACAGCACGCACCAGGUUCACCCCACCUGCCCUGGUUUAUAGCAGGUAAGGCUCACCCGUGGUCUUAAUGCCACUUGGCACGACAAGGGGGGGGGGGGGGGGGGGGGGGGGUUAAAAUCAGCCGGGGUCCGUGAUCCUGAGCAGAUCCUUCAUUCGCCAACGCAAAUCACUAUUGGGCAUCAGCUGAAGCUACAGACCAGGUUUGGGACUUGGAUCUUCCUUGUCUGAGCUCCUUGGAUAAAGCAACAUGGCAGAGCCAUGGCUGGUAGCUGUAGGGCCCUGCUAACUGCUGGAAACUGACGGAGCUUCAAGCAAGGUGAUGUCGGGAGUGACGUGGAAGAUGGAAGAGUUGUACGGAGAUUGGAGCUGAAAUUCUCUCCCCCUCCCUCCCUCCCCUCCCAUGUUUUCCUCUGACCACCGGCGGACAGAUUUUCCUGGUCACGGCCUACAGAACCUCAUGAUUUUGUGGAGCCAGUAUCUUUUAAUAUUUUUAGUUUGAAUUGACGACAGUACUAAGUAGGCACUGUGGAAAUCUUUCCAUUACCUGUGAAUAGUGUUGCAGUUGUGAUGAUCUCUCCUGGAAUGCUGGGGUCGAGUCCAUCCAGCUCUGAGGUGUUGGUGUAAUUUCCCCUUGAUUCCCUGUUAAUACAAGAGGUUUGAACAUAAAA